UGUAUUUCUACGAACACUUUUAGUGACCACUGUAAUCGCAGUUUUACAGCACUGGACAAAGUGCAUUCGAUACACGGUAACUUCGCUUUGUUUAUUUUCUGUAAUACCAUGGAAAAUAUAUAAAUAAGUGACAAAGAUGACACUGGCACACCGGGCGCUCUUUACUUGGUUUAUCGUCCUGGUCUUCCUGAUUCUUUUGUGUCUCCGCCUGGACCCGCGCACCACCUGGAAUUGGUUCGUCACCUUUACGCCGCUCUGGUUCUUCGAUGUGAUCAUCAUCAUCUACGUGAUCAUUAAAUUUAUCCGCAAGUGGCGGAACCUAACCUGCCUGACGGAUCUCCUGUUCCUCUACAAAUGGAACAUUGCCGGCGUCCUGCUGACCAUCGCCUCCCAAGUGAUGAUCUGCCUAACGCUGGAGUACCCGCAACAGAUUCCCAUAUACGUGACCGUUGCCCCGGUCAUCCUGCUACUGAGCACCGCUAUCUUCUAUGUGGGCAGCAGGCUGGGAAAACGAGAGGGCUGGAUACAGUAGAAUUAAGCAUAUAUUGUAGGAUUAGUUGUACAUAAAGUGGAAACUCAAAA